ACAUUAUCUUCAGUCUCCGCCACAUAAAAAGCCUCUGUCUGAAGCUGCAAGCAAUAGUUUCCACUUCCCAUGGCUCUCAUCAAACAUUGUUGGGUCCUUCUCUUAGUUCUUGUAAUAGCCUUUGCACUUCAAAUCAUCUUCUUCUCGCCGAUAUCUCCGGACAUACUCGAAUUGCCAUCGGCAACUUCUUCGGUUUCGGUUCCUCCAUCGAACAACCGACUACAGAAAGUGAUCAAACUUGGAGAAGGGUUGUUGCAAGCUCCGGAGGACGUCGCGGUGGACGAAAAGGGUACGUUGUAUACGGCAACUAGGGACGGUUGGGUUCGAAGAUUGCAUCGAAACGGUUCUUGGGAGGAUUGGAUUAAACUGGAAAGCAGUACUUUGCUCGGAAUCGCAACGGCCAAACGAGGUGGUCUGAUUGUUUGUGAUUGCGAAAAGGGUUUGCUUAAGUUCACAGAUGAUGGUGUAACAGUUCUUGCCUCACACGUACAUGGAUCUGAAAUCAGGUAUGCGGAUGAUGUGAUUGAAGCAUCGGAUGGCAGUUUAUAUUUCAGUGUGGCAACCACCAAAUUCCGAUUCCACGACACGCAUCUCGACUUGCUGGAGGCCAAACCUCACGGCCAGCUUCUUAAAUACGACCCCUCGACGGAAGAGACCUCGAUUUUGUUAGAUGGCCUCUACUUUGCCAACGGCGUUGCACUCUCCAAAGACGAAGCUUUUCUUCUUGUUUGCGAAACAUGGAGAUUCAGGUGCCUGAAACAUUGGUUGAAAGGUGAGAGUAAAGGAAAGACGGAGAUUUUCAUCGAAAACCUUCCGGGCGGGCCUGAUAACAUCAACCUAGCUCCGGACGGUUCCUUCUGGAUCGCCUUACUCCAGGUGGUUACCGAGGGAACAGAGUUCGUGCACACCUCCAGAGCAUUGAAACUGAUUAUUUCUAAUUUCCCGAAAGCGAGCGAACUUGUUUUAGGUGGAAUAAAGAAGAAGGCAACCGUCAUCAAUGUGGCGGCCGAUGGCAGCAGCAUACGCAAGAGGUUCGAUGAUCCUAAUGGAACCGUCAUAUCGUUUGUGACAUCUGCCGUUGAGUUCGAGGACCAUCUUUACUUGGGCAGCCUCAACGCCGACUUUGUAGGAAAAUUGCCACUCAAAUGACUUGAAAUCCUCUCGAAGAACAGAUUGCAGAGCAGAAAUAGCAGUCUAUGUAAUGGUAGAAAUUGGAAACAUUAGACAAAAACGAUCAUUUAGUUAAA